GAAUUCACCCCCCCCCCCCUCGUAAUGUGUUUAUAUGUGCGCCAAUGUUUACUCUCUCCCCACUGGACGUGACACCCGCCUCUUAUUGUAACUGCUUCGCCACUUAAUACGUCAAGUUGGUCACGUGACGGCUCACCUAGCGACCUCCCUCGAGGUAACUUAUCCGGCCCGGUGCCAUGUUUGACUUUUUUCUGCCCGUUGUUGUUUUAAGUGCGUUCUGACCGCUUGUUUGUCUUCUGCGUUGUUGUGAGAGGCGCUAGACCACGAUGGAGCUCCUUGUGCUGUAUCUUGCGAUCUUCCUUCCUCACCUGGCGUCUUCGGUGGUCCAAGAAGUGAGGAUAGUAGACGGAGGCACUGAGAAUGAGGGAAGAAUAGAGCUGCGGGACGGACAACAGUGGUACGCCGUGUGCGGCGCUGACUGGUCUGGGAACGAGGCUGCCGUGGCCUGCCGACAGCUCGGCUUCGGCGGAGUGAAGUCGUCCGUCGGCCUCACUUCGUCAUUCUUCGGGAAAGGCUCGUUCCCAAUAUACAGUACCUCCUUCACAUGCGCAGCGUCAGGAGACGUGUUAAGUCUGACCAACUGUAACACCUUCAGCAGCACCUGUGCGCCUAACUCUGACGUCGCCGGAGCUGUGUGUUUAGAGAAGAUCCGGCUGUGGGGCGGGCCUGUGCCGCACCAGGGCCGGCUGGAGUUCUCCAGUAGAGACGGCAUCUGGACUCCGGUGUGCGGCACCAAGUGGGGAGAGGAGGAGUUCAGGGUCGCUUGUCGUCAUCUGGGAUUCCCCGGACUCGUGACGGGAGUCUGGGCACGAGAUCACUUCCCGAACGUCACCGGUGACAUCGUGCGGUACUCACCCUCGUGCGCUGGGAACGAGAACACGCUGUGGGACUGCGACCCUCAGCUGGACACGUGCACACAUUAUGACGACAUCGGGAUCCUCUGUGAAGCUUCAGUUCGGUUGGCGGGAGGGUCGUCUCGUGCCCAGGGUCGUGUGGAGAUCUACCAUAACGGAGACUGGGGAACGAUCUGUGACAGCCCCAGCAGACCGUCCUGGGAACGAUGGUGGCGGGACAAGCAGGCCAGGGUCGUGUGUCAGGAGCUCGGCUACCUGUCUGCAGACGACGUGUACGCGCCUGGUAGCUAUGGCGACGGAAGCCCGCUCCCGGUGUGGUUGAGCAAGGUAACCUGCCCAAACAACAACGAAAGGCGACUGAAAGACUGCAGCUACGACUACUGGGGUCUGCGAGGCGGUGACGUCAGCUCCUGUUCCCAUGGUUACGCGGUGGCGCUCAAGUGUUCCACAGGUGGGACGACGACUAACCCCAACUCCUCCAGUUCUAGCCAAGCUGUUCACAUUCCCGGCAUCACCCCCACCGAUCCACCAGACUUGGAAACACAGAACACAGCAAUGCCUUCUGGGAUGUCCAACUCUCCAUCACUAGAUCAGCCGAGAACACAAUCGAAAUCCCCUUCAGAGAGCGGCGCGCCUCCUGCAGUCAAAAACGAGAACGGUACGUACAACGAUGUCGCUGAACGAGCGGCUACGAAAUUACCCCCAGAGGUUAUGUACAGGGAAAACAACGCGACUCCGAACUUCGUUUACUUCUCCACGCGGCGGCCUCCUGACGGGAGCGACGUGAAUUACAGCACCAUCGCCCAACUCGAGGCAGCCAGAGCAGCAAACCAUGCGCUGCACUUACCAUCCCAGAGGAAAGGUGGCGCCGCUGCACUGGAGCAGACACCAGACUUUGCUUAUUCAGUGGGCAGAGACAACAGAGAAGUAGACAGACGGAGGGACAGUCAUGAAAUUGAAAGGCAGACACCACCAGCAUCAUUGGACAACUACCAUGCUUAUGAAUCGAUAAACAGAGACAGUGCCGGGAACAUCCCCUAUCCUCGGAGAGUGUCCUAUGAGUGUGUUGUUGUCAAUGACCAGUCUGAUUAGCUAAAGACUAAGGUUCUCCCAUACAAGAAAAUAUGUACAGUAGGCUCCAGCCCUGAGGCGUCGCCAAAAACUGUGUCUGUGUAUCAAAUUUACUUUAUGUUGCAGUAGUACAUUGUACUAAGGAUGUUUUGUGUGGUAUGUUUGCACAUGCAGCAAGUAUUUUGUACCCUACCAAACACCAAAGCUGGUCAAUAUAUUACGAGUUGUGUGCCCAGCCGUCUCCUCCAAAUGAGAUGCCAUACACAAACCUGAAAAUGUAUGGUGCUGGUUGAGCACUAGCACACAUAUGAUAAUGUACAUGUACACUGCACAUACAUGUACAUUAUAAUUCAUAUAUAAUAAUGUCUGUAUUGGCUACAAGUUUCAGUGUUAUACACAGAACACUGAAGCGAUAGGAACACUGAACUGUGGAACCCAUUAUCAAAUUCAGUGUUCUUGGAAUUACACAGUACUAAGUUGGAGUUAGAUAAGCUAUGACAAAACUGACAAUCAAUCCAUGUCUUUCCACAAGUGGAAACCUUGCAGAUGAACAACAUGUAUACAAUUACUUGCAUACCUGGUGACUUGUUUCGAAUAGCUAUGUCAGCAUGUGCAUAUGUAAAAACAGUACGAUUCCAUACCUUUCUUCAGUUCUUUUAUUUCACACUGAAGUGAAUGUUCUUGAACAUUCUUUAAGAAGUGUUAUAGUUGUACAUUCUGUCUGUUGCCAAAAAUUGUUAGGAAGGUAUCUGUAUCUGUAGAUACAAACAUGUACGUAAAUCAAUAUGCGAAAGAUUGAACUUGGAAGGGAAUAAAGAAGAUUUAUUUCUGCAAAAUA